AUGGAGCGCAUCGCGGCUGUCUGCAUUGCGCACCGCUUGCUAUUGGCAGCCAACGCGUGCAUUCCUGGCGCACCCAUGGCCACAAGUUGUCUGCAAAGCGAAGGAAAUCGCGCCUUAUUGUUAAACCACGCCAUUGUUGUUUUGUUUACAGACUGCGAGAGCUGUCGUGCCAGACUGCCAGAGGAGAAGGACGCGGAAAUACAACAUCCCUUCAGCGUCGAGACGUUUCUGGACAGCGGCGAGUUCACGGAUUUCGAGUUUCGGGUGAAGCCGGAGGAUCAUCCCGACAUCCUCGAGCGGAAGUUUCGCGUGCACAAGCAGUUCCUGGCCAUGAGGAACGAAGUCUUCCAUGCCAUGUUUUUCGGAGACCUGGCUGAGAAAAGCGAAGUGCUCAUUACGGACGUGCACCCAGACGGCUUCGACUUGCUGCUCAGGUACCUGUACUCUGGCAAGCCCAAGAUGAAGAGCAUCGACGACGCUCUGCACGCGAGGUUCGCCGCCAAAAAGUACCUUGUUCAGGGACUUGUAGACGCAUGUGGCACCUAUAUCGAGAAAAACCUGAAGCCGGAUCGGCUGUGCUCCUUCAUAGACUACUACAUGCAGAGCCGCGAGCCAGAAAUUGACGCCAUCGCGGAGACACUUCUGACGUCCUCCAAGGCGCCGGAGAUCCUCACGUCCAAGGAAUUCAAUGGCGCCCUGGAGGAAACGGUCCGAUAUAUCGUGGAGAGGAUAAGGAAGGUUUCCGAAGACAGCGUUACCAAAGCAGUGUUCGGCUGGGCCCAGGAACAGUGCGUCAACAGCCUGCAUUCGGACAACCCUAUCGAAGUGAAGGAGCUGAUGCGCACUUUCUAUCCUAUGCUGCGAUUCUUGACCAUGACGGCGGAGGAGUUCGUGGUGGGACCUGGUUCCUGGGGUCUGUUAGAAGACGUCGAGAACCUCGCCUUGCUGCGCAAUAUUGUGAAGUGUGGCUCUCAGCCGCUGCCCGAAGGAUUUUGUGACGUCACUGAUGAUCGCUUCUAGUUCCGAGGAGAACAGUAAAGUCCGUUGGUUGGUUGGUUGAAAAACUUUAUUUUGUUUAGUAAAGUCCGUGUCGCACAGAAACUUUCGAUGGCCGUUCAUCCUGCCGUUUUACGGUCAUGUGCAUUUAGUGCUAUUUUUUCCCAAGUGGUUGGCAUUGUAAUAAUGUCUAAAGCUUGAAAAUGCCGCAAAUGCCAGUGAUUGCCGGAAAGCGGCAAGACAUGGCGUGCAGUGUAUGAUACUGUGGCUGUGUAGAUAUAAUUGGCAGUAAACGUUUACCGGUAAUGAACUAUU